UGGAGUUCCUGAGGCGCUGCCGCCUCCAGGUGGGGAUGAAGAACAACGUGAGCUGGGAGCUCAACCCCGACAUUGUGGCCCGGCACUUCCUCAAAAACGCCCUUCGGCUGCCACCGGAGCCAAUCACACGUUGGGGACAAUACUGGUGUGACGUCACGGUGAACGGCCUGGACACCGUGCGGGUUCCCAUGGACGUGGUUCAGUUCCUGCACCCCAAAACCAAACGCUUCCGCCAUUGGCAGCAGCAGCAGCAGCAGCAGCUGGAGAGCAGCAGGGAGAGGCUCCUCUGACCCCCCCUGAAGAUUUGGGGGUCCCCGGGGUGGAUUUGGGGGUCCCCGGGGUGGAUUUGGGGUCCCCAGAAUGGAUUUGGGGUCUCCAGAAUGAAUUUGGGGUCCCUGGGAUGGAUUUGGGGUCCCCAGAAUGGAUUUGGGGUUCCCAGAAUGGAUUUGGGGCCCUUUUGGGACCCUUUGGAAAAUGGAGUUCAGUGGAAUUUUG